GAAUCAUUGCCGCUGUCAUUUCAUGAUGGCGCGCUCAACAGUAGUUCAGUUUUUCUCCGCGCGAGGCGCACGCCUUGGCUUUCCCCGUUGACAGAGCCGUUGAAUUCAUUUCACUUGUACAGCAGGAUGCGGACAUUCUCACGUCUUUUGAGAAAGCCUCGAUGAACGCCGUACUCUUCUUUUUCACGCUUUGCAUUUUGAGUAGAAGCAGAGCGACGUGUCGGCUUUGGUCCGCAAAGUGCAGUGUGCUGGCCGUUUGCUUCAUGUCUCUCUCUAGGCCAAUGAGAAGAGAAGACAGUAACUGCAGUAACUAGCUGAAAACGAAAACACUUGAUGUUUUUCGCCUAGGCCGAAAAAUGUCGACUCCGUCGCUAGAAGAGCAAAUUAAUAACCUUGCAAGGUUUCUGCCGCCGCGAAACAUUCCAAUAGCAAGACCUGGAAAUGACAGUCUCGGGGUUGGGCGACCAGCCCGUCCCGAUAAACUUACUUGCGGACCCCCCACACGUAGACGACCGCCUGUUGACUUGCCAGUCCCUCAACCUAUGCCACAGAGGAACAGUCAUGAAGAUGAUACAAGGUGGCAAGAAAUCAUCCAACGAAGUGGUCUUCUUAAAAUCAAUGGACAGGAAUACCGUACUCAAGUUUCUGACAUGGAUCAUCUGGGAGAGUUAGGAAAUGGUACUUGCGGCCUUGUUGUAAAAAUGUGCCACAAACCUAGCAAUGUAAUUAUUGCUGUCAAGCAAAUGAGGAGAUCAGGAAAUAGUGAUGAAAAUAAACGUAUCACUAUGGAUAUCGAAGUAGUGCUUAAGUCAGAUGACUGCCCAUUUAUUGUACAAUGUGUAGGCUGCUUCAUUCUGGAAGCAGAUGUGUGGAUAUGUAUGGAACUUAUGGACACCUGUUUUGAUAAGUUGCUGAAACGGCUACGGAAACCUAUACCAGAGCACAUACUUGGCAAAGUUACAGUGGCAACUGUGAAAGCUUUAGAUUAUCUUAAGGAGACACAUGGUGUCAUUCAUAGGGAUGUAAAGCCGUCAAAUAUUUUACUUGAUAAGAGAGGAAAUGUCAAACUUUGUGACUUUGGAAUUUCUGGACGAUUGGUGGACUCAAAAGCCCAAACAAGAAGUGCUGGAUGUGCUGCGUACAUGGCGCCUGAGAGAAUAGACCCUCCAGAUCCUCGGCAUCCUGAUUAUGAUAUCCGAGCUGAUGUUUGGAGUCUGGGUAUCACCCUUGUCGAGUUAGCAACUGGAGUUUUCCCAUACAACAAUUGUGUCACUGAUUUUGAAGUGCUGACUAAAGUUCUUCAAAGUGAUCCUCCUAGCCUUCCGUCAGAUCAAAAUUUUAGUGCGGAGUUUCGUGAUUUUGUUAACUGCUGUUUAACUAAAGACUACAAAAACCGGCCAAAAUACCGCAAAUUAUUGCAACAUCCGUUUAUCACAAAAUAUGAGAUAACUGAAGUUAAUGUGGCAGAGUGGUAUGAAAAGGAGACAGAACCUAAACUUCAAGAUCCCAAUAGUUCUCGGAGGCCAUCUGAGUCAACCCUCUCCAGUCAACUUACUCCAGCACCUUUAGUCUCUGCUCCAGUUAACACCAGCGUUACUUCACCUCCCAUCUUGAAUUCCCCAAUGAAAAGGUUUCCUGGGACAGCAUCACCAUCUGUACGAAGAAAUCCUUCAACAAACUACCCCCAACAUGUGAGAUCUGUUUCUGAAACAGGUAGAACAUUUUAUCCUGUGGCACAAUAUCAGCCCUUACCGUCUCAUAGCCACCACUUUACUAAUGGAGAAUCAGUCUCUUCAAAUAGUGGGCGGCGCACUAUUGGUUCAUCAGACACAUCAUCAGGUGGUCGUUUUUCACCUUUCCAUUCAUCCCGUAUGGCAAAUGCUGUGGAACCAGUUGGUGUAGAGGCUAGUAAUUUACGUUCUACUCCACCACCCAUGUCCCCAGCCCAUGCCUUCUGGCAAGCUCAGGAGGCUAGAGCUGUUGAGUGGGAUUCACAUCGUCUUCAUAUUGGCCCUGGCUUUAUUAACUCACCAAUACCUGGUAGAAAAAGAUUUCCCUCUGAACCUCCUCAGCCUAGUAAUAGAGAUACAUCUUUGCCUGGUAGCACCAGUCCGCUAGUUCUACAGAGGUUUUACCAUCAGCAGCAGCAGCAACAACAACAACAGCAGCAGCAACAACAGCCAAACCUAAACCCUGUAGUCCAUCAUUACCAUUAUCACAAUCACCUUCCUCUUACUGGAUAUUCCCAGGCAGCCAAUUUUCCAAUAUCAAGUGAACCAUUAGAAAACUUAAAAGGAGAAGAGUCUACAAACUUAGGCAAGAAGAGAUUCACAUCUAUUUUGAAAUUUAACUUAGGUGGAAGUAGCCAUUCAGUUAGCAGUUCACCAGGCAGCCCUGGCCGAUUACCCCCUCCGCGACCAACUAGAAAUGCCUCUCCUGGUCCUCCUCCCCCAAGUCCUGACCCACCUCCAAGGCUCAGUCGCUUGGGACUGAGUGAUGGUUCAGCAUCACCUCUUGCUGGACGUAGAGGUUUCCUUGAUGUCUCUCCUGUUAGAAGAGGAGUCCUUGAUGGCUCACCUUCUCUUCCUCGCAGGUAUGUGUCACCAUCACCUCCUCAACCUCCUCCACGUAGACUCUCAACUGAGGGUGGACCUAACAGUUUCAAUGGAACAAGUGUAUUAUUAUCAAGUGCAAGUCAAGUCAACAGUACAAGUGGCACAAGCUCAACACCAGGUUCCCCUCAAGUUCGACGUUUUGAUAGCAUUCGUGCAAGGUUUCAUUAUACACCUCAACCACAGCGACGUAUGUUUGGAGCAUCAUCAGACUUGCAUGAUCUCUGACGAAAACUUAGCCGUCUUUGGUUUUCCAACCGUUAGUGGAUGUAUUCAGUUAAAGACAGUCAUUUCCUUAAUUUCCCAGCCAGAUAAGUUUUGUGUCUUAGUAUCUAAUUCCUCUUUUGUUUUCUGAUAUCCUGUGGGGGACUGUCAUUUCAUUGCAUGCUUUAUAAAUCCACUUGAAUGAGUUGAAAUCAAGACGGAAUGUGUCCUCUAUAUUAUUAUGGUAUUUAUUGUGUACCAAGCCAUUGAAACAGAAGUCACAACUAGUAAUUAAUUAGUAAAUAGCUGUCAAUAUCUAUUGACAACUCCUAAAAUUUAGAAAAAUUGAUUUGACUGCUUUAAGGUAUCCAUUUUUAUCUUAUUGAAUCUUUUUAUUUAUAUGCAACAAUUUUAAUGUGAUAAUUUCUGACUACACUAAAAAUGAUGUUUCAAAUGUUUGAAUUUGAGGGCAGAAGUGUGAAUAGGUAUGUGUACCUGUUUGAGGUGAAAGCUAAAGAAGCUCAUGAUGGAAAUUUAUAACUGACUUCGGAAAUUUUUACCAUGAGAGUAGUCUUCUCAUUGUGUAGCACUUUUGGUGAAGCCACUUGCAGGACAUCUUGAAGUACAAUUAUUGUUCUCUCAAAGCACUCACUUUACCAUAGUAACCUGCUCAAUUUUAGUAUUAAGAUUAUAAAUUAAUCUUUGUUGUCUAGGCAGUGUUGAAUGUACUGCUAUGAACCCAUUCCUCGAAUACUUUUCUCUUGUCACGAGUACUGGUUUGGCAUCCAAUAGACAUACCUUUUUAAUUUUAGCGGUGAAGAUAUUGUGUUAAGGUACUCCCACAAUGAAUGUUCUUCAUAGUUACAUGAGGAAACGUUUUUGAGAACAUAGGGUGGAAUGGCUCUCACUCAGCGCGUGUUUCCUCUCGUCUGAACUUUCCCUCAGAGAACAUUCAUUGUUCGAGUACCUUUAAUCAGUCCGAUGAAAUUGUAUUUUCAAAGGUCCUUUCAGAAAUGGUUUUUUAAAGAGGGGAAAAGUGUGUGGCUAGAAAUUCGGAAUAGCAAAGUGGAAAAGUACCGUAUGUGAAACUUGUAUGGGCCUUGUUGGUUGUACCCAAUCAAUCAGCUUAAUCAGUCCCUCACUCUGGUACUACACUAUUGAAAUGCUUUAGUGCAUUGACAUGGCUCCACUAAAGCUGCAAAGCAAUGUGAGUUAAAUAUAGAUCGAACAGUUAGUCUCUAUUUUGUACUGAUUUACAGUGCUACAUGCCACAGCUUAUCUGACUUAUUAGUUUAUUAUGAAAAGUAAAUAUCUGAGUUCAACAGUUAUGAAUAGGAAUUGCAUUUGAAUCCUUAUUAAGCUGUAGGUGUCACUCUCUUCUUGUAAUUCAGUGUAUUUUGUUAAGGUCAGUAAAGCGCUCAUUGACUUGCUUCUUGUCUGAUGCCUCUUCAGGCCAAUGUUUGGUGAAACUUACCCAUCGCUAAUACUGAGGUGCCAUUGUGAUAUUGUUUUUUUUUUCUUUGAUUGUUUUAUUGCUUGUAAUUAUGAGUAAGUUUUUGUGUAUCAUAGUAUCAACCAUUACUCAAAAAUCUAUUUUAACUUUCAGAGAACUCUUGUGAGCUCCUGAAGCUUCUUUGAUUCUGUAUCAGUUUAAUAUAUUUUUUCCUGUAGUUAUUAUGAAUUGAUUUAAACUGCUGUAUUUUUAUAUAUUGAACUUAGAAGAAUAUUUGGGAAUUAAGUGUUAGAAAUCAUCAAAAUACGUGGUUGCUCUGUCGUGUUUUUACCAAAGGGUUCAUCAAAGUGUGUCCAAGUCUGAUUUGGGUUUUGGAAGCUUUCAACUAUAAUUUAAUAUCUAAUUCUUUCUGUGGCAUACAUACAUUAGCUAUCUACUAGUCUACAUUGUAUUAACUUCUCAACAUUUUAGAAUUCUUUUCUUUUAUUUCCAGUAUAGAUAUGUGCCAAACAGAUUUUAAUGCGAUGAUUAAGGUUUAUGUGUUUAUGUGAAUUUAGUGCGCAUCUUUUUGCCGUUUUUUGGAGCCCGAAAAGUAAGUGGGGUGCGCCUUAUACUCGUGUGCGCCUUAAAUGCGUACCAAAAGUGCAUUUUUUGACCGAAAUCGCUCGUUUAAUGGGGGGAAGUAUUUAGUUUCGUGGAAAACCGACUGAGGGCGACUACGGGACCCGUGUCGACCCGCCUCUUGUUUCUCCCAGGUUUCUCACCCCUGACCCGUACCAUCCGUGCGACAAAGACGGUUACUGUCUCUCUUGCUCUCAAGUGGGUGAAGGGGCAAGUCGGCUAAUUCUCUCGGCAAAACAGCGACACGGAACGUACGGGACUGCAUAUGAAUGACCUAUGCGACUGGGUCGCGUAGCCCACUCAUCUGGUCGUUCGGCUUUGGGAGUCAAGUAGCCGCGCCUUAAAUUCAUGUUGAAACGAUUUUUCCUGAUUUUUCGGCUCCAAAACCGGGGCGCGCCCUAUAUUCGUGUGCGCCCUAAAUUCACAUAAACACGGAUGUACAGGCAGGUUUAGGAAGGUAAAUCAUGCAAGCUAUCAAAAAUUGGUUCUGUUCUUACUGUCUCCCAUAUUUGCACCCUCUUUUCUUACCUACAGAAGAAAAACUUGUCAGUCUAGUUACUACUGAACAGCAACAGUUGUUUUAUUGUCGUUAUAUCCUGUUGUUAUGAAAAUGAAAUAUGGUUUCAUUAACUUGCAAUACAUAACUUCAUAACUUGUUAUUAUUUGAAUUUUAUUAUUUGUUGCUUGGUUUUUAAAUGUUACUGAUUUUGUAUUAUUGUUAAGAAUUACAUUAUUCAUAGCACUUAAAAUCUCGAAUUGUUGUGGCUGAUCUAAUGUUGUAUGGUAUGAUUACUUGUUUCAUUGUUAAACGUACGUGCACAAGUUGUACUCUUUUUUUCCCAUCAAACAUUCAUGCCAAUCAUUUUCCUAUUUGUUGAAUGUCUGUUUUUCUGGCCAGAUUGAUAAUUUCAUUCUUUAUCUUUAUUUAUAAUUUUUACACUCAUAUAUCAUGGUGCUUCUAAUUUUGAUGUAUUUUAAAUGUUAAUUUUUCAAUGUGUUUGAAAGUUCAAUUUAUCAGUGUGUGGUGUUUUCAAUGCAGUUCUGGUGCAGUUUGCAAACAGUUUAACGUGUUAUACAGUAUAUGUCAACAUGCAGUGUAAAUUAAAUGAGGCGUUAUAUAAGAGAUUAUUAAUUUAAGUCCCAGUUGAAAUACAUAAUGUAGUCUGUGGGAAGCACACAGGGUUUGUGACACUUGAAUUUGUUUAUUCUGUAAUGUUGAUCCUUUGAUUGCUUCCUUGUCAUAACUUGAAUAUGUAUGUCGUAGUAUAUAAUUCUAAUAAUUCUAUGCCACUGAUCAGAAGACUAGUCACUGGUUGAUCAGGCAAUCAUGCUCUUUCCUUAUUGUUUGGUGGCCAUUUAGUUGCACAGUUAAAAGCUGUUAGCCACCAUUAAGAAGUUAGAUUGUGAGGUGCUGCUAUUUUUCCCGUAUUUUUCUGGUGCUCCUUACUUCAUGUAAUUUUGUCUGAUUAAGCACCAAAGCUAUCCUUUUUGUAAAGAUUUUUAAUUAUCAAUGAAGAUCUUAUUUUUGUGAAGUAUGGUCUAGUUUGACAUUCCUUAUAGCUGUUGUGUAAUAUAAAUGUCUUUUCUUUUUUUUUUUUUUUUUUUUUUUUUUUCUUUUUUUUUUUUUUCGUAAGAGGAAGUUACUCUAAAGACUGCCUAUGAAGUUAUGUGCAUGCAGUGAAAUCAUCACAUGCUUUGUUUUUGUCAUUUAUCAGUAUAGCCAAAGUACAGACUGUGAAUUCGUCUUGUCAAUUCUGUAAUUGUUUUACGAUUGUACAGUUCCAUCUUUGUGCUGUGUAGCACUAGUUUCUUGACAUUUUUUUCUGUCCUAUCUGUAAGCAAAAUGCAUAUUUCCUUUAGAAUUAUCACUGUACAUUUAAUAUUGUAAAUAUAGUUUGAACAAACUACCUAUAUUUAUCUCAGAAUAAAAUUGAAAGAUUGUUCAAUGUGUACAUAAUGAAUAAAGUGUACAUUAAAUCUGUCAUAGGAUUGUA